GUCAGUGCAGCGGGGUACCGGGCUCUGCCUGAUUUACGGCUCUGCUGAAAACCGCUUCCUCCGAGCCGCAGCCUCAGCCCCGGCCGCCGCCGCAGCAACAAGUCUGGAUUUUUAGAGUAAUGCAACAGAAGGCUUUUGAGGAAAAUAGAUACCCCUGGCAAGAGUCAUUUGAAAAUGUUGCUGUGUGCCUACCAUUCCGCUGCCCACGGUGUGGAGACCAUACCCGCUUUAGAAGCUUGUCUUCCUUGAGGGCCCAUCUGGAGUUCAACCACAGUUAUGAAGAGAGGAGCCUCAUGACAAAAUGCAGCCUCUUUUCUCCCCUCAAAGACCCAGACCUGAUCACUUCAUCAGAGCCCCUGAAAUUGGGGAGCGGUGGCCAAGCGGUCAAGCAGAAAUCAAGCUAUGUGAACUUGUGUAACCUGUCCCGGGAAAACCUGAAGGAUAGGAAGUCCCUCCAGGUGGUGGCGGAGAGACCCGUGUCUUUCCUCCCCAUCUACACUUCUAUAGACUCCUUGGGUGGCCCAAGGUCCAGCCCUGGGCUGCCCACUGCGGAUGCCAAAGCUUCCUUUGAGGCCCACGUGAGGGAAAAGUUCAAUCGGAUGGUCGAGGCAGUGGACAAGACCAUCGAGAAGAGGAUUGACAAGCUGACCAAAGAGCUCGCACAAAAGACCGCAGAACUGUUGGAAGUCAGGGCAGCUUUUGUGCAGCUGACUCAGAAAAAACAGGAAGUUCAGAGGCGAGAGAGGGCCUUGAAUCAGCAGGUGGAUGUGGCGGUGGAGAUGAUUGCUGUGCUGCGGCAACGGCUUACUGAGUCUGAAGAGGAGCUUCUCCGGAAAGAAGAAGAAGUUGUCACAUUCAACCAUUUCCUUGAAGCGGCUGCGGAGAAGGAAGUCCAGGGAAAAGCCAGACUACAGAAUUUCAUUGAGAACCUCUUACAACGGGUCGAUUUAGCUGAGAAGCAGUUAGAGUAUUAUCAAAGCCAGCAGGUCUCAGGCCAUGGCAAGGGGGCCAGCGAGCACUUGUUUACAGACAUCGCCUCAAAUAGGAAACCCAAAUGCCUGUGCCGAGGGGGCCCACACCUUGCAUGCUACAACCCCGACCUCAAGGCCCACUUCCACCCAAAGGGAAGGAAUUCCCUGAAGAAAGCCAAGGAUGAACGAGGGAGCGCGCAAUCAGCUAGGUUUGCCCAUGACCUUGCUGACUCCUCGAGAGAAUUCUGGAGACCUCUGAAGAAAGGAGAGCCUCUGGGCCCAGCCAGGAAAGUCAACGUCAAGGCAAAAAUGGUCAAAAAGAAGCCACUAGCCAUCGUGAACAUCAUCUGAAGAGGGCAGAGGUCUCUGAGCUGCUAGUCCUGAGCUUUGGGGAAGGGAAAGGAACUUGAUCAAGGAACCACUUGGCCAGUCCCAUAGUACAUUGUGAUGAUUAAUGCAUUAAUUUUGUGUGAACAGGAAAACCUCAGUUAACUAGCCCUCAAUUAACUAGAGCAUUAAGUUAACCGCCUCUGAGGACCAGGUCACUUCAGAGACAAAUCACUAAAAUAAACAAACUCAUAUUAAUGCCCCAACCCCUACUCUCUAUUUAUGCUUGAUGACUCUUAACAAUUCUGCCUAAUUCUUUCCUUCUUCUAAGUAUACAGUGAUAAUCUGUAGUGGCCUUAGCCAUCAGAGGACUAUUCAGCAAUACUCCCUGACUUACUAAGAUAAAAGUGAGUUUUAUAAAGUUUUUUUUUCCCUAACAACAAAGAUUGGGACAAAAAAAGGGAUACUACCUUGUGACUUCACACAGGUCACUUAACUUCCCUGGGCCUCAGUUUCUCCAUCUGUAAAAAUAAGAGGGUUGGACUAAAUGGCCUUUGAGUCUCCUUCCAACUCUUGAUCUAUUAUCUUACAGUCUUAUAAUUUCUACUUGACUCACAGUUUAAAAAUAAAUUUGAAUAAAUCAAUUUACCAGAACCCCUAUUUACCUGAGCCUUCUGGUUCAUUGAGGUUUUGCUGUUGUUGAGUUUCUUCAAGUGAAAAUGUGGUUAUAGGGUUAUAUUUUUUAUUCUGCUAGAAGGCAGCAUGAUUUGUUGAUACAAGCAAGGGAUUUGGGGUCUAGAACCUGGGUUCACAUCUCAUCCUUGCUUCUUAUGAGAUGUGUGACUUUGGACAAGUCAUUUCUCCCUGGGGUUUGGGCUUAGAUCCCUUCCAGCUCCUAUGAUCCUAUAUAGAGCCUACUUUGGGUUCAUCUCUGUCCUUCACUACGGCUGUACAUUCUGCUCCCAGACAGCCUCUUGCUGCCGGCAUGUUCCUACUAGCAUCCUUAGUCACCUGUAGUUGUAUUGUCUAUUGAAUCAACACUUGGAAUCCUCGGCCCCUGGGUCUGCCUGACUGCACUGACCAGUGGCAUCCUUAGUAUUGCCGUAUCCUGGGUCUGCAGAUGCUAGAAAUAUCAGCACGGCUUUCCCCCUGUGGCACAUACUCCGCUGACAGUGCUUGCUCCUCAGUCGUAGUAAAUGGAUGUGAAUUUCUCUGAUAUCCUUUCUUCCCAGGCUGCCUUGUUCUUCAUUCCUUAGAGCUUCUCCCCACUCUUAUGAUUAGUAUGCCCACUAAUCUUGCCUUGAACCUAAUAUUUGAUAUGCUUAAUAUAUUAGCCUGUCUGUUGAAGUAAUGAGGUUAAAUGAAGUUAAAUGAGGGUAGGCCAGCCCCUUCCAGUCCACUAGGGGGCCCCUUGGAGAGUAACUUUUUAUUUCUCCUAGGGUGUGUCCAUUUGGAAGCUUCCUCGGGAUCAUCCCUUGCUUCCAGAAAGGUUUUUACAUCAUGGUUUUUCAUAAGAGUAUCAGACCUCACAAAGAUCUCACAAGUGCUGAUGUCCUUCUGGAGUUAUGAUCAAGGUCAAUCUUGUCCACAAGACAACGGUCCAUGUAUAUAUGACUCAAGUCCAUGAAUAAUUUAUUUUUAAAUACUCAUGGGGAGGGGGGGAUGAAGGGGAAGAUAUGUGUCUUUGUGUGUAUGUGUGUGUGUGUGUGGGGGGGAUUUUUAAGUGACCUAUAUAAUUACAAUGAUUAACUAAAUGAACAUUAGUUGGAGUCUUUUGCUCUGGUGAUUACUGCCAUAAGCACCAGACUAGUCAUGAGUUGAGAAUGGGCAAUGAGGAUUUAAUGAGUGGGAAAAGCAGUCCAAUGAGAGGUGUAACUAGUUCGUGCACAUUACACAUUGCAGUAUUCAAACCUGUCAUAGUGAAAAGUUGCCAUCCCUUGACCUCUGAAGUUAUGGAAGUGGGGUGUUCAUGUUGUGUCUGUGAAGGAGUCCCGUGGAUAAAGUGCCCAUGAGUGUCACUGUUUAGGUUGAAAGUCAUGUUGUAAAAAAAAAAAAAGGUAAAGUAACAUAGAUAUUUAUUUGGGGCCCUGUUGUGCCCCAGACACUAUUUAUUCUUACUGUUCAUAACCUAAUUGCACUUUAGAAUUUCUGUACUGAUCCAAUGAGUUCUCUCAAGUAUAUUGCAUGCCCUCCUUUCUGUCAGGUAAUGUGUGUAUGACGUGAUGAAAGCAUAACGAAUGCUUUGCUGCAGGUUGAGCGGCCAGAAACACUUAUCUCUGUGUCCCUUUGAGUUAUGGCAACCAACAUCUUCAGUUUUCUUUCAACAUGCCUGGAGGACGUAACAACCCUCAUUCCAGGUGAUAAACAGUGAUCUCCCAAAGUACCACAAUGUCAUAUCAGUAUCAUACAUGUGUAGAGAGAAGUGAGCAACUCUGUGCAUGCCAGAUCAAUAAACAAGCAGUGCUUUUGUGGCUGGCAGUAAUGCUUAUUAAAGGCAGGGAUGUGGGCCUUACCUAUCCUUUUUGUUCCUGUCUCUAGGUUUAUUUGCAUCACAGUCAGGGAGCAUUAUUGGAGUAGAGGAAGGGAUUAUUGUCCCAGCCCCAAUACAUAUCCUGUGGGGCUUUGUAGACUAGGAUCCCAAAAAUGGGUUUGGAGGGAUUUAUGCCAACAACCAGGGCCUUAAGGGGAGUUAAAGGAAUUUUUCAAACCUAAGUCGGGUCUUAAGGUGGGACCAGGGAACUGGAAUUAGUACCAGAAGAAAUGCAGUCAAAAGAAUAGAUUUAAUUUUAGCUUAUGGGCUUCUGCUUAUCGUCUGGAUAGGUGGCAUACUCAUCACCCUAUGCUAAGCAUUAAAGGAUCUUUAGGUUAUUCUUGCCAUGAAAAAGUGUACUAUCCCCUAAAUCCUAGAUGGGCAGUCAGCAAAAACCAAUAGAUGGCUACAAGCUAAGAUUAAGUCUGUGCUUUUGAUUGUUUCUCUCUUGGUACUGACUCAAAGGCCUUGGGCCCAGCCAACUGUCUGACAUGGAAUUAGAAACUUAGAAAAUUCCCUUAACCCUUGAUUGUGAGUCUUUGUGCUUAAAACCCAUUUCAUGAACUCUACCCAACACUUCGGCUCUCAUAAUUACUACUAAUCGGUAGGUAAAUAAAAUUAAGAGCAAGGACAGAGGGACCAAGUGAAGUCGACAGGAAUCCAUGUUGGCCUUUGCUCUACAUUCCUGCCUGGCAUUAUUAUAUGGAUGAGUCAGCGACAAAUCAAAAGGUUAACUCAUUCUGGUCAGCCUGAAAGUGCUCAUCUCUCUACACUUACUAGACAGGGGAAACAAAACUGAACUUUGUAUAUUACAUACGUAUAAUUGAUGUGUCUUCUAUACAUUCAUUAUAAAAAAGAAUAACAAAUUACAGCUAAAUUCAAAGCCCACUAAAAGGACAGAUGUCAGGUAUGUGGGGUGCCAUGUAUCUAUUCUUGCUUUAUUUAGCCAAGGAAGAAAACCUGACAUGUGAAACCUGGCUUGCUCCUGUGGGGUCACUCUAUGGGCUGUGCCCUGAGUAACCAGCCCCAGUUUGUACAUAUUAAGGGAGACAUUCGCGGCUAAAGUCGGUACUUUUUAUAGUUGGCACCAAAGGUACAUGGUGGAAAACGUUCGGUAUUGAACAAAUCAACCUAUUUUUUAUUAUUUGUUCAGACUUGAACUUUUUUUUUUCUUUUUAAACUGGAUUACAAAGUCUUAAUGCUUAACAAAAGUCUUAAUUAAGUUCAGGUUACUUAAAGAUACUGUUUUGCAACCUACUGCAGGGCCAGUCCGUUGUAGAGAAGUUGGAAUAUACUGUUACCAGAGUUUUAAAAGAAAAUGUUUUUAGACUAUGAGAAAUUCUAAUAAUAAAGCUAUAUUUCUGAGUAA